CGAGCGCAGCCGCCUCCGCCGCCGAUGCGCCUGGUGGCCAGACUCCAAGUGGGACCGGCGGACACGCAGCCUCGCGUGUCAGUGGAAGCUGAUGGAGAAUCGAGCUCUGGACCCAGGGACUCGGGACUCCUAUGGUGCCAACAGCCACCUCCCUAACAAGGGGUCCCUGGCAAAAGCCAAGAGCAACUUCAAAGACCUGAUGUCCAAGCUGACGGAGGGCCAGUAUGUGCUGUGCCGGUGGACAGAUGGACUGUAUUAUCUUGGGAAGAUCAAGAGGGUCAGCAGUUCUAAGCAGAGCUGCCUCGUAACUUUUGAAGAUAAUUCCAAAUACUGGGUCUUAUGGAAGGACAUACAGCAUGCCGGUGUUCCGGGGGAGGAGCCGAAGUGCAACAUCUGCCUGGGGAAGACGUCGGGGCCCCUGAACGAGAUCCUCAUCUGUGGGAAGUGCGGCCUGGGUUACCACCAGCAGUGCCACAUCCCCAUAGCGGGCAGUGCCGACCGGCCCCUGCUCACACCUUGGUUCUGCCGACGCUGCAUCUUCGCGCUGGCUGUGCGGAAAGGCGGCGCCCUGAAGAAGGGCGCCAUCGCCAGGACGCUGCAGGCCGUGAAGAUGGUGCUGUCCUACCAGCCCGAGGAGCUCGACUGGGACUCCCCCCACCGCACCAACCAGCAGCAAUGCUACUGCUACUGCGGCGGGCCGGGAGAGUGGUACCUGCGGAUGCUACAGUGUUACCGCUGCAGACAGUGGUUCCACGAGGCCUGCACCCAGUGUCUCAAUGAGCCCAUGAUGUUUGGGGACCGGUUCUACCUGUUCUUGUGCUCCGUGUGCAACCAGGGCCCAGAGUACAUCGAGAGGCUGCCCCUGCGGUGGGUCGAUGUGGUUCACCUGGCCCUCUACAACCUGGGCGUGCAGAGCAAGAAGAAGUACUUCGACUUUGAGGAGAUUCUGGCCUUCGUUAACCAUCACUGGGAGCUCCUGCAGCUUGGCAAGCUCACCAGCACCCCUGUGACGGACCGAGGCCCGCAUCUCCUCAAUGCACUGAACAGUUACAAGAGCCGGUUCCUCUGCGGCAAGGAGAUCAAGAAGAAGAAGUGCAUCUUCCGCCUGCGCAUCCGCGUCCCACCCAACCCGCCCGGGAAGCUGCUGCCCGACAAGGGCCUGGCGCCCCCGGAGCACGGCGCCGCCUCCGAGCUGCGGAGGAGAGGGAAGAGCAAGCCUGGUUUGCUGCCUCAUGAGUUCCAGCAGCAGAAAAGGCGAGUUUAUAGAAGAAAAAGAUCAAAGUUUUUGCUGGAAGACGCUAUCCCCAGUAGCGACUUCACCUCGGCUUGGAGCACCAAUCACCACCUGGCCAGCAUAUUUGACUUCACGCUGGACGAGAUCCAGAGUUUAAAAAGCGCCAGCUCAGGCCAGACCUUCUUCUCGGACGUGGACUCCACCGAUGCCGCCAGCACCUCUGGCUCUGCUUCCACCAGCCUCUCGUACGACUCCAGACGGACGGUGGGCAGCCGCAAGAGGAAGCUGGCAGCCAAAGCGUACGUGCCGCUGCGGGCCAAGCGCCGGGCAGCCGAGCCCGGCGGACGCUGCGCCUCGGACAGCAGCGCGGAGGCGGCCUCGGGCCCCGAGCGGCCGGACGAGGGCGUCGACAGCCACACAUUUGACAGCAUCAGUGAGGACGACUCAUCCUUGUCCCACCUCAAGUCAUCCAUCACCAACUAUUUUGGCGCAGCGGGGCGGCUGGCCUGUGGGGAGAAGUACCAGGUGCUGGCGCGGAGGGUCACGCCAGAGGGCAAGGUGCAGUACCUGGUGGAGUGGGAAGGGACCACCCCUUACUGAGCAGCCCCCCGAGGAGACCCGGAGCCCCGGAAACCAAAGGAGAGGCGGUGGGAGCCACAGGCCCCUCGGCCCUCCCCUGGCUGCAGGAGGGAGGGACGCAAGACAGCUCGAGGGCCCGGCCGAGCCCCGCCUGCCCGCCUGUGCCUCUGCUGUCCCGGCCUGCUCUGGGCCCUCAGGCCCACCGCCCCCUCGCCCGUGUCUCUGUGGUCCCGCCGGCUGUCUCCACAUGCUCCCUCCAGCUGUUCACCUGUCCCUCUGAGUUAGCAUCCCUCCUGACUCCGCGGAGGCCUGAGUCUUCGUCCCCAGUGUGUCCUCUCCCUUUCCCCUUUUGGGUGUGUGCAUUUGCACACCCAGCCCUCCCCUGGACGUCCUUCACACCUGACCCAUCCAGGGACCGCUCCAGGAAGACAAAGUCUUUGAGAAAGACGGGGUGAAGGUGGGUAAGAAGAGGCCUUGUGGAGCUCCUCUCCCCCGUUCCCACCCCUCCUCCUGUCCCAGGAGGAGGUGGUGAAGGUGGGAGAACGCCUCUGGGAAGCCUGCGGGGCAGAGACCCUGCGACUCUCAGGAUCCAAGGAGGAGGAGGCUGGGUCUCUGCUUCAGAAGGCAGAGGGUGCAGGCUGCGGUGUCGGCUUCCGAGAACCCCGUUUUCCCUUCUCGGGUCACAUUCUCUCUUUGUUGCCGCGGAGCGGGGCCUGGCCUUGCAGGUGGGAGGCAUGAGGAGGAGAGGUAGCCGUGUCCUGCUUGCUACAUCUCGGACUGUCUCUUCUGCCUCCUACCCAACACAGCCCAAGGGCGUGUGCACGCGCACGCACACACGCACAGCGCUUCCAUCUGUGUGUGCACUCUCACCUCCAGGCACACACAUGGGUCCCAGCCUCCAUGUGUACACACACCACACACACAGCCACACAUCCCUUUGAGUGCCAGCCUGGCUCCUGCCCUUGGCUUUUCCUGGGCCCUCUUAUGGGUGCCACGUGCUGCAACGAAAUGUGAAAGUCCAGCUUGGGCCGGUGAACCAGCUUGGGCCCGAGAGGGAAGCAGGGGGACUCACACCUUCUUCCGUACCCCCUGCCUAGCUCUGAAACUGACAAUCACUUUGGGGGGCAGGUUGGGAUUUUUUUUUUUAAGGGCCUGAGUCAUUACAUCUCCUCAAAAAAAGGGAAGCCUUUUGUCAGUGAGAGUACAGAGUUCUUAGAACUGAUGUUAAAACUCAGACCCAUCUGGAGGGAGAUCAAAAAUGGGAGGGGAAGGAGACCCCUCAUUUUUGCUGCUUCCGGAGGCAUUGGAAACUGACUCACUUGAUUGGAAAGAAGUGCCUUGACUGGGGUGAGGGGUGCACCAGAUGGGGGCCAGCCUUGCCAACUGCUGCCGCGGCCUCCAGCUUGGCUGGGUUUUAGAGGCUGCCAGCUGCAAGGCGAAGGGGGAUGCACAGUGAGGGGGCAGCUGUAGGCCUGGAGCUGGUUUUUCCAUCAUUAGGCCACCCCCCCAUCUGCGGGCUUUUGGGGUGGGGGGCGCUGAAAGCGCUCAGAUGCCCCUUGCCUCAGACCUCAGCCCCAGCAGUGCCUUUCAGGCGGGCCCUCACCUGCAGUACAGCCCCCACUUCCUCUGCUUCCCAGCCUGGUCCAGGCAGGGAUGGCUGGUUGGGCCCAGCUUGCCCCCAUCUCGCCCCCAUCUCAGCCCCACCACUGGUGCCACUGAUGCUCCCUGACGGGGCCGGGUGGAAGGGAAGCUGAGAAGCCAGCCCCUGCUCAGCCCGGGGGUGGGACUGAGAGCCAGUCCCUGGCUUCCUGCCUGGCCCGAGCACAGCAACCUCCCAGCUCUGCUCCCAGGCUUCUGAGAAGGUGCAGGACGAACACGGCCUGUCGGUGCCCCUGUGCCGCCUCUCCUCAAGCUCCAGAGGCUCUGGCCUGGAAGAGGGGGAGGAGGGAGACAGGGUCUUCCCCACUGGGAGGUCAGCGUGAGGCCUGGCAAGGCCACCCUGACUCCAUGCCCCAGCGUUUCAUUCCUACCUGGCGAUAGCUGCAUUACUGCCAACUGACCUUAU